GCUUGCGGCGCUUGGAGGCCCGCGCGCCUUGCGCCUACUUGGCGGGCCCAGCUGCGACCCGAGACCUUUGCGCCGCGCUGGGCCCGGCCUACAGGUGGGCGCCAGAGGACGCGAGCACGAGGGCUGGACAGGCGCCGCCGAACGAGAACCUCGGGCUGCUCUUCGAACCAGAAGAGUUUGUGACUGAGGUCCAGCGCCGGCUCCUAGUGCCCGUCUACGAGUCCGAGCACUACUGCCCUUGCUGCGACGGCGUGUGCGACAGGCUGCUCUCGGCGUGGCUCGGCUCGGCCAAGGGCGCGCGGCCCAUGCGCGCGAG